AUGUGUCGUCAAUUAUUACUUUUGGGAGUUCCUGGUUUACAUUUCUAUACAUUAAAUUUAGAAGUCUCUGUGAUGAAGAUUGUUGAUCUAUUAGAUAUUUUGGAUGUUCAUUUGCCGAAUAGAGAACUUCCUUGGCGAGGAAUUUCAACAGCACAUCGACGCAGCAGGAAAAAGAUCUCUGGGUCGAAGGAUCAUAGCAUGUCCCAAACAGGAGUCCCAGAAUUGAGUCUUCCAGAAUCUCCAUUAAUAGGAAUGAGUGAAGUAUCAUCAGCAACGCACACGCCCGAAAUUGGGACACCUCUUGUAGACGCGUUGACGACGACCCAAUCGAGAGAAUCAGCAGAUUUGGGACAGAGAGAAGAUCUGUUGUUAAAUUACAUGAAUGAGGAUGUUCGUCCUAUCUUUUGGAGUAAUCGUCCCAAAUCUUACAUUCAUCGGACGGCAAAUUGGGACGAUUUCCCGAAUGGCCGAUGGGGACCGCGUGACUCACCUGCUUAUGGAGAACCAUUUUAUUCAAUGUGUGUUGCACCCGAUGAACGCUCAAUUCAAGCACGACGGGAGAUGUGGGGAGAAGAACUUGAAUCUGUUGAUGAUGUUGUUAAGAUAUUUGUCAAUUAUUUGAAAUUUCAAAAUCCAACAAAAAGGCUUCCAUGGACAAAUGAAAAUCUUGGCGAAGAAACACAAGUUAUUAAAAAACAACUGAUUAAAUUAAACACUCUAGGAAUUUGUACAAUCAACUCUCAACCAAGAGUCAAUGCUGCUUUAUCAACCGAUCCAUUAUUUGGAUGGGGACCAUCUGGAGGAUUUGUAUUUCAGAAAUCAUAUAUAGAGUUCUUUUGUUCCCCCGAUUUAUGGAACAGAAUUCAUUCUUAUUUAACAACUGAUUACAAAUCUCAAUCAUUGAGCUUCAUGGCGCUGAAUCAAUCAGGUCAAAUGACAACAAAUGUUCAAACAUUUGGGGGAAAAUCAGGAGUAAAUGCUGUAACCUGGGGAGUGUUUCCAAAUGCAGAAAUUCGCCAGCCAACAAUUGUUGAUUUAGAUAGCUUUAAUGCAUGGAAGGCUGAAGCUUUCCAGUUGUGGCAAGUAGAAUGGGCAUCAAUUUAUGACGAGGGAAGCCCCUCUCGUGUUCUUAUUGAUCAGAUUUGUAAUUCGUGGUAUCUCGUCAAUAUCGUCGAUAAUAAUUUCCUGUCUGGAGAUCUUUUUGGACAGUUAAUAGAAAUUGUCCAAGAACACUAA